CCCCCCCACUCUGAGGGUCGUGCGUGAGUCACGGAUUCAUCUGGACUGAGACGUGCGUGAGUCCCGCAGAAGGUCCGGAGGAACCAUGGAGGCGGUGCGGGACUGGAGCCCGCAGCAGGUCCGGGACUGGAUCCGAGGCCUGGACGACAGCCUGCAGCAGUACCUCCCCUGGUUCCAGCAGCAGCAGGUGGACGGGGAGAAGCUUCUGAGGACGACCCACCAGGAGCUGCUGGUUCUGGGCGUGUCCCGGGUCGGACACCAGGAGCUGCUGCUGGAGGCGCUGGACCUGCUCUGCGCCCUGAACUACGGCGUGGAGUCGGACAACCUGAAGACGCUGGUGGGGAAGAUGAGGGCGGCGCACCACAACCUGAGCGGCGCCGUGUCGCAGCGCAGGAAGAACCCGGCCUACCACCACAAGAACUCCCACCAGCCCACCAACGAGUUCCUGACCGCCGUGGUGGAGCUGAUCGGAGCCGCCAAGAGUCUGCUGGCCUGGCUGGACAGGACUCCGCUGACGAGCCCCAGCGACUUCACUUCCACCAAAAGCAGAAUCAUCCAGCUGUGUCUGGAGCUGACCUCCACGGUGCAGAAGGACUGUACUGUUUAUGAGAUGGAGGAAAAGAUCCUGGAAGUGUCGCGAGCUCUGAACGGCAUCUGUGAGAAGACGGCCCAGACGACCUCUGACCCGGCGAAGAUGGAGAUGUCGUGUCUGGAGGAAGUUCACAUCACCAACGUGAAACCUGGGGAGGGACUGGGGAUUUACAUCAAAUCCACGUAUGACGGACUUCACGUCAUCACAGGAACCACAGAGAACUCUCCUGCUGAUAAGACCCAGAGGAUCCACGCUGGAGACGAGGUGGUUCAGGUCAACAAGCAGACGGUGGUGGGCUGGCAGCUGAAACACCUGGUGGAGGCGUUGAGGGCGGAGACUGGCAGCGUCGCCCUGGUGGUGAAGAAGAGGCCCUGCAGCGUCUCCGGGGGCUUCGCUCCCGCUCCUCUGAAGAACCUGCGCUGGAGGCCGCCGCUCGUUCAGACGUCUCAAAGAUCUUCAGGACUCUUCAGACCUCCACAGCCUGAAGCCUCAGGGAGAGCAGCCAUGUUGGAUCUGUUCAUCCCUCCUCCUCCUGCGGCGCCGUACGUUCCCACAGACGGGAACACCAGCGUGUCUCCAGGUGUGAAGCUGAGGCCGAGGUCACCCAACUCGUGUCUGGACUCGGACCCCCGGCGCCGCGUCUCCGCCGCAGACGACAUCAGGACGUCCGUCUGUCCCGAUCACAACCAGCCCAUCCCCGUGCACUUCCGCCAGCGCUCCUCUUCGCGCUGUAAACCUCGACCCGUCUCCAUGCCGGCGGAGGCCUUCUCGGGCGUGGCCCACCGACCCGGAGCUCAGGGGAGGAAAGGUCAGGACGUUCUCCACAAAUAUCUGAGUAACGAGGGGAUCAGCACCAUCACGGAGGAGGAGCCAUGUUUCCCGCUGCCGUACCGCGGUCACCCGUCGGUCCGCGGCGUCGACCACAUCCGAGGCAGCCAGUGCUUCAUCAACACCAACCUGCACAGCAGCGCCACCAUCCCCUACCAGGAGGCGGCCUCCAAAAAGCCCUCCUCCCCCUCCUUCUCCCCCUCCUCCUCCUCCUCCUCCCCCUCCUCCUCCACGCCGACGAUCGUCUCUCCUCCUCCGGCGGCGACCAAGCCGGCGACCUCGCUGCUCGGAGGAUGGCUGGCUCGUCUCCGGCUGCUCAGCCACUGACGGGAGGAGAAACCGGAUUGAAGUCUUAUCACAGACAAACUCUCUCCUCCUGCAGGAGAUCUGGAUUGACUCGUCUACACUGUGACUUCAGCUGAAGACCUGCAGCAGCUGCUCCUCCUGGAACCAAUCAGAGAUUUCAUGAUGGAGGACAAAGGAAAGAAAAGAUGAAAAACCUGAAACAUCAACUUCACACUUGGUCAGAGCUCGUUGUCAGGAUUUUUCAUGUCGUACUGGAGAGUCUGGUCACUGGUUCUCAGUUACAUGUUCUAGUUAUUAUAAUCGAAUAAUAGAAAAUAUGAAACUCUGACACCUGUUUACUCUCAUUUUCUACUUUUAAAGGCUCUAAACAAUCAUGAAAACUUGUGUUUGUUGACUUCCUGUGGUUUAACUUUUCUCUCGUGCUCAUCUUCUCCUCGAGGGGAAACGUUACAAAUAUGAUCCUCGACCAAUUCAUCUAAUAUUGUGACCAAAGAUCUGGAAAACCAAAAACAUUCCCAUCAGAGCCACUUGGUCUGAACCAGCUUCACAGAGCUGCUGCUGCUCCGAAGGUUCAAUACAUAAUUCAUUCGUUAUCAGAAAAGGUGAUUUCCUCCAGUUCAGUGAAUCUGAAACUACUCAGCAGUUCCACUUGUCAUCAGAACCUUAAAGUCUGAGAUCAUCACCUGCUGCUGAUUAUCUAACAAAUACAUUUCCAUGUUUUUAAUGUCAAACUCAAACUAGUUCCAAAGAACUGAAAAUACUUAACAAUAUAGUUUCCAUUCAUGGCAAAGAUCUGCUGAAAAUUAACUGCAAGACUAGAAUCCAUGAGCAGAAUCUAGAUCAGUAAAUCUAAACAUUCCCAAAAUGUCAAAUGAUUAGAUGACGAGCGUGUCUCUCUCAUAUCUUCACUUUUUAUUUGUUAAAAGACAAACAACUUGUAAAUAUGUUGCAUCUUUUAUGGUUUUUAUUUGAUCUGUCAUCUCGACUUCAGUCAUGUCUGAUUUUAUAUGUAUAUAUAUUUGAAGAAAGUCCUCUUCAGAUCAUAUCAACUUAUGAGGUAAAGGAGCUUUAGAGUAAUUUAAAAUAUGCACUAACACUCAAACACAACAUAAAAAAACAUUAACAAAAGGUUUACCAGCUUUUAUGACUUGUUAUAUAUUUUCAGAAAUAGGUUGUCAGGUUAUUUUACAUUAAAACUGUUUCCCUGUAACUAUACAUAGUAUAGAAAUGUCCACGUAUUUCAUAAACUGUCGAACUAAAGAAAACACAAUCAUAGAAUUUUACUGGUAACGCCAAAGAGAAAAAGUCGUCGUCUGUGGAUACGUUGUUGGUUUCCUGGAAGCUGCGUAAAAAUUUUAGGUAAAACUGAAUUAUAGCAUUUAUCACUUUGAAGGAACAUCAGAGUUUCAACUUGAGUCUUUGAAGAACUACUGUGUUCAUCAUAAACCUGAGUUCCUCAUGUUUUAAAUCUGAUUUGUGACCUUAAAGAUAUGAAAAUGUUUCUGGUUCAUUCAGGUUCCAUGAAGCUUGAUGAUCAGUGUAACAGAGUAAAUAUCACAACCUUGUAUCUCUCUCUCCUGCUGGAUACAUUUCUCCAACAGAUGAAUUUAGAUGUUUGGUUUCUGAAAACAUUUGGUCAAAAUGUCACUUUUCUCGUCUCACUAAUAAAAAGUUGAAGGGAGUUGUGGUAAAUGUCGUUCUGUAUGCCAUCAACCUGGAAUUACCACUAGUGGCCAAAGUGGCCGCUGUUGAGUUAGUUACCUGGUCUCACUUUCAGGUGAAAAUGAAUCUUGUUCAAAUUGUUCAGGAACAUUAGCUUUGUCAUUUUGCUGAGUCACAUUUUAAUCUGUAUUGUUUUGUACGAGUCAUUUUGUUCAGCUGUUUAAAUCUGAAAUGUUCCAGAGCUCUUUAACAUGUCAAAAACUUCACAAUAAAGGUCAGUUCGUUUUUAAA